CCUGCCUCCGUUCUGUCUUCAUGCUUCCAACACCUGUAGGUGCCAAAAGAUCGCGGACGUUCCGGCGGUCUCGCAGCGCCCGCCAGGAACUUCGGACAUUCCUCCUUACUCGCUCCCGUUUAACGAACCUUGCCUUCAUUUUGCUCAGCUGUCUUGCGGGCGUGUCACUCCUUCUCAAUCUCCAACUCUACCUUACUUCCAACAAGUUCAUCACCCCCCAUGGCAUCCUUGCUACUAUCUCACGGCCAAAUGCUUACGAGGAGCUGGAUCACCUCAUAAUAGUACCAGGGCACUCGAUAUGGAAGGGCACCGAUCCUGAACUACGAUUCAAUGAAGAUCAAUGGGUGCUCGAACCGUACCAGAAAGGGGGGAGGCGCCUGUCUGCGCUGAUCAAGCACAUAGAGAUUGGUGCGAAGCUGGCAGCGAAGGAUGAGAAGUCAUUGCUAGUCUUUAGCGGUGGUCAGACGAGACCAACAUCCACCACAACAGAAGCCGAAAGCUACCUCCGGUUGGCACAGGCCUCCAAUGCCUUUGGCGUCCCUGCUUCCAUGUACCCCUUCGCGCGCGCCACCACCGAGGACUACGCCCUCGACAGCUACCAAAACCUCUUAUUCUCCAUCGCGAGGUUUCAUGAAUACACUGGACGCUACCCCGUCAAGAUCACAGUCGUGGGAUACGAAAUGAAGCGCGCGAGAUUCACCGAACUACACCGCCGAGCCAUCCGCUGGCCGGAGGGUAAGUUCAAGUACAUCGGUGUGGAUCCUGAGGGAGAGGAGAAGACUAAUGCAGCCGAAGGAGAGAAACAGAACGGCUACCUACCAUACACCACCGACACGUAUGGGUGCCACUCAACAUUGCUGGCAAAGCGCCGCCAACGCAACCAGUUUUUGCGGUUCCAUUCAUAUUACACGUCCGCGCCGGAACUGGCACCGUUGCUUAGCUGGUGUCCGUCCCUACAUAGCGCUGGCUCUAGCCUUUACACGGGUGACUUACCCUGGGACUCUCUAGCACAUUAGACACAGGCGCUCCUCAUGUAUUGUAUCACUAAUCUAUUCGUGUCGCAGUC